AUGACUGCAAAUGGUGAUAUACCGGAAUCACUGGAGGAAAUUAAUUUGAAAAUGAACGCAACAACGGAUGAAUCUUUGGAAGCAACAAGACGUAUGCUGCAGUUAUGUGAAGAGAGCAAAGAAGCGGGUAUUAAAACACUUGUAAUGUUGGAUGAUCAAGGAGAGCAGCUGGAACGUGUUGAAGGCGGUUUAGACACAAUCAAUCAGGACAUGCGUGAAGCUGAAGAGCACCUGAAGGGCAUGGAAAAGUGUUGUGGUUUAUGCACACUUCCAUGUUUCAAGACCGAAGAUUUCGAAAAAAACUCGGAAUAUGCAAAGGCGUGGAAAAAGGAUGAUGAUGGAGGUGUAAUUAGUGACCAGCCUCGGAUAACUGUUGGCGACUCUGGAAUGGGCCCUCAGGGUGGGUAUAUCACACGAAUAACAAAUGAUGCGCGUGAAGAUGAAAUGGACGAAAAUGUACAGCAAGUAUCAACGAUGGUUGGCAAUUUACGUAAUAUGGCAAUUGAUAUGAGCACAGAAGUUAGCAAUCAGAACAGACAGUUGGAUCGUAUACAUGAGAAGACUCAAUCGAAUGAAGUGAGAGUGGAAUCGGCUAAUAAACGGGCAAAUAAAUUAAUCACUAAAUAA